AUGAAUUAUACGCGUAUUUCAUAUUUCCGCUUCAGAAGAGAAAGGAAUUGAUGAUAAGAUAUAUUUGAAGAGGACAGCACACAGUUUCUUCGCUACUCACGAUGUCUCUCUACGAUGGAUUAGACAUUGACAGUGACAAGGGUGGAAGUGAAACAAAAUCAGAUGUUUCUGCAUGGUCUUCAAGUUAUAAACUGUUAAUGUCACAGCUGCAGGCAAAGAAAGUUUCACUUGUACAGACUAAGCGCCAACGCCAGAACACAACUUUGGCACCAGUUGUGGACUUGAAGAGAAAUGCUGAUUCUUCAGAACUACACUUCAACCUACAGACAGGCAGGCUUGAGAGCAGAGCCGGAGGGGAAAGUGGAGGCAGUAGUGGUGGGGGUGGUCCUCCCAUUGCGAUGGGAGGAUCGCCAUUCCUACCUACAGACCCGGUACCCUCCCUUACAGGGGUCAGUGAUGAAUACAACCCUCUCAGACCAAAUGAUUACGAAGAAUUUAUGAAGAAAAGGAAAGAACAAAGACAAAAGGAAAGAGAGGAAGAAAGAAAAAAAGAUGGGGGAGAUGAACAGGAAAGAAUUCCUCAAGAACGUGGAUCAAGCAGGAAGAGGCGUGACCGUGAUCGGGAUAGUACCCCUGACCACUUUGGUCUUAACGAGAUGGAGAGAGCCAGAAGACGGAAGGAAGAAGAAGAGGAAGAGGAAUAUGAACAAAAACCCCGCAACAAAAGUCAGGGGGCUGCCAUUGCUCCACCAUCUUCACUUAUCAAUGAGGACAUGAUCUUCAAAGAGGAACCGAUGCCUAUUAUGCCAGACAGAUCCAGGUCACCUCCCAUGGGCUACACAAUAGGACUCGGCGGUUCUGUUGCUUCAAAGAUCAUGGCCAAGUAUGGGUACAAAGAGGGACAGGGUCUAGGCAAGUCUGAGCAGGGUAUGAGUACUGCACUCCAGGUGGAGAAAACCAGCAAGCGUGGCGGCAAGAUCAUACACGAAAAAGAUAUCCCGAAAGAAUCACCCAGAGAGCCAACACCUAAUACUAACUUAAUGAAAAAUCCAUCCAAAGUAAUUCUGUUGAGGAACAUGGUUGCUCCAGGUGAUGUUGAUGAAGAAUUGGAACAAGAGACAUCUGAAGAAUGUUCCAAAUAUGGCCGUGUCAUUAAAUGUGUCAUAUUUGAGAUUCCAGGGGGUGUAGAAGAAGAGGCUGUGCGCAUAUUCCUGGAGUUUGAGAGAGUUGACGCUGCAAUCAAAGCUAUUAUUGAUUUAAAUGGAAGAUUUUUUGGAGGCCGCAUUGUGAAAGCCUGCUUCUACAAUUUGGAUAAGUUUCGAAGACUAGACUUAGCAGAUGAAGUUGAAUGACAAGGAUUUCUGUCAGAUUGUGUGGUUGAAUGAGUGUGAGUGUGAGAGUUAGUGUUAUAAAGACCAAAUGAUUGAAUAAACAAAGUAAAUUUUGGAAUGAUUUUUAACAUCUGUGUAAAAGUGACAAUACAUGUACAUGUAUAUAUUUUUACAUGUAUACUGGUAUAAACAUUUUGGAUGGAAUUGCUUUUACCUGUACAUAUUCUUUAGAUGAAAAAUCUGAUGUAUGAUGUGCUUUGAUGAUCAUGUGCAAAUUUAAGUUAAAUGUUUAAAUACCAUUUUAAAUGACUAAUAGUCAUUAUUUACAUCUGUAUGUUAAUCAUCUUUACUUACAUCAGUAUGUUAAUCAUCUUAUUAAAGUCUGGAAAUAUCAAAAA